GGGGGGGGGGCGCCACCAUCAAAUCAUAAGCAUAAUAAUAACACGAAGGGGAGGGAAUUCUUCUGCAACCAGAAGGCAAGAAGCAAGAGGGGGAAAAGCGAUGAGUUCACCAAAUACAUGGAGCCCAGGAAGCUCAGUCUGCCUGACUCGUGUAUUUUCACAGAAAAUGACGGUGUGGAUUCUGCUCCUGCUAGCUCUCUACCCAGGCUUCACUAGCCAAAAGUCUGAUGAUGACUAUGAAGAUUAUGCUUCUAACAAAACAUGGGUCUUGACUCCAAAAGUACCAGAGGGUGAUGUCACUGUCAUCUUAAACAACUUGCUGGAAGGAUACGACAAUAAACUUCGACCUGAUAUAGGAGUGAAACCAACACUAAUUCACACAGACAUGUAUGUGAAUAGCAUUGGUCCAGUGAACGCUAUCAAUAUGGAAUAUACAAUUGAUAUAUUUUUUGCCCAAACAUGGUAUGACAGACGUCUGAAAUUUAACAGCACCAUUAAAGUCCUCCGGUUAAAUAGUAAUAUGGUUGGGAAAAUCUGGAUUCCAGACACUUUCUUCAGAAAUUCCAAAAAAGCAGACGCACAUUGGAUAACCACUCCCAACAGGAUGCUGAGAAUUUGGAACGAUGGCAGAGUGCUCUACACUCUAAGGUUGACAAUUGAUGCUGAGUGCCAGUUGCAGUUGCACAACUUCCCAAUGGAUGAACACUCCUGCCCCCUGGAGUUCUCCAGUUACGGUUAUCCACGUGAAGAAAUUAUCUACCAAUGGAAGCGCAGUUCUGUUGAAGUGGGUGACACACGAUCUUGGAGGCUCUACCAAUUUUCAUUUGUUGGACUGAGAAAUACUACUGAAGUAGUCAAGACAACUUCCGGUGACUAUGUGGUCAUGUCAGUCUACUUUGACCUGAGCAGAAGGAUGGGCUACUUCACCAUCCAGACCUACAUCCCCUGCACGCUCAUUGUGGUCCUGUCUUGGGUGUCCUUCUGGAUCAACAAGGACGCUGUUCCAGCCAGAACAUCUUUAGGCAUCACCACUGUCCUGACAAUGACCACCCUGAGUACCAUUGCCCGGAAAUCUCUCCCCAAAGUCUCCUAUGUCACAGCGAUGGAUCUUUUCGUAUCUGUUUGCUUCAUCUUUGUCUUCUCUGCCUUGGUGGAGUAUGGCACCCUGCAUUAUUUUGUCAGCAAUCGGAAACCAAGCAAGGACAAAGACAAAAAGAAGAAAAAUCCCCUUCUUCGGAUGUUUUCCUUCAAGGCCCCCACCAUUGACAUCCGCCCACGAUCAGCCACCAUUCAGAUGAACAAUGCCACACACCUUCAAGAGAGGGAUGAAGAAUACGGGUAUGAGUGUCUGGAUGGCAAGGACUGUGCCAGUUUCUUCUGCUGUUUUGAAGAUUGCCGAACGGGGGCUUGGAGACAUGGGAGGAUACACAUCCGUAUUGCCAAAAUGGACUCAUAUGCGCGAAUCUUCUUUCCCACUGCCUUCUGCUUAUUCAAUCUGGUUUAUUGGGUCUCCUAUCUUUACCUGUGAAGAGAUACGGGUUUUAUUGAUAAGGGUCUUAUUCACUGAAUCUCAUGGAAAGAAGAUGUCCUAGGUCCAUUUAAAGAAUCCUCUAUGUAGUCAAUAAUGACUCAAGUUUGUUUUUAUGUCAUAACCUGACAAAUUGUAUAAUGUAUUGUUUGUGCCCAGCUCUCCUUUAAUUAGUGUAAUUUGAACUUCAGUGUGUGCUACGUUUCAAAACUGCAAGGCAAAGUAAAAUGAGGGCAAGAACAAUGAAACCGAGCAAGAUGAUUGUCAGUUAUAGCAGCUGAUACAGGCUAUUUCUAUGGUAGUGCUAUUUUUACCUGAUUCAUACUGCAAUUAGGUACAGCAGUCCAAUACUACAUCAUUUGUGCACUUGGGGUGAAGUUGUGAUAAAGAUAAACACAAUAGAAUAUGUCCCUCAUUUCAGAAGAAUCACAACUCAGUUCAAAUAUAAAAGCCUAGUUUAGAAAUCUAUUAUGCCAAUUUCCCAAGAUCGGAAGAAAAUUUCCUCCACAUCACCUGUACUAUGAUGUAAAUAUUUCAGUAACACAGAAUGCUUCAACUUUAAUGCAUGCCUCUCUUUAGAGCCAGAAUAAAUGGACUGAAGUUAUCAUCAUAAUGUACCGUCUUUUAUUUUGUGUCUUUGGGCUUUAAAAGCAUCAGCAAUGUAAUUACAAAGAUUUGGGUUUGGAACUGGAGGGAGAAAUUUUCAAGGCCUUCUCCCUCAUGCAUGAAGAUUUGGAUCUUUUUCCUUGUCUAACAUAUUACAAACUUUAAGUAAAACAUAGGCUGAAUAAAUGACAUUUUCCAACUCUAAAUAGGCCCAGUUUCCUGAGUGGACUAUAAAGUAAUGAUACGUGCUUGCUGCUAAUUUUUCUCCCUUUUAGGAUGAUAGAUCUUAAAACAACUUACCCUCCAUCUCAAGAUCUGAUUUAAGUGACUGUGAGUGCCUUGUGGGCAGAAUCCCUGUCAUUUCUUCUUUGGGUUCUCGGCACCCUGCACAGUGCCUAGCACAUACUGCUCAGUAAACAGAGUUUGAGUUAAGUUGCCCGCAUAAGCUUCUGGUGAAUCUGUGUUGGCCUUGCAAAGAGUGAGCCAUUUUUUCACAGUGGCAUUAGUAAGUGAUGUUGGAUCUUACAGAAAUAAUCAGAGGAUCCAACGAGCUUUGGCUACUUUUUUCAUCUUGAAAAAAUUGUUUUAGGCAAAGUGUGUAAUUCUUUUAAAAUAAUAUCUCUGUUCUAUGUUUGUGUACAGAAAUGGCUACUGGGGCAUAGAGUUUGUUUAUUAUUCUUCCAGGUUUGGGUAUGAGUCAGUUCUAACCCAUCCAAAAUUCUGCUUGUGAAUUUAUGAUAGGCAUAGGCAAGAUUCAUACUUGUCCGAGAUUUAGAAUGUAAUAUUCCGUACUCUGAAAACAUGGACUGAAGAUUAAUUUUAAAAUGAAA